AUGAUGGCUCUGGCCGCACCGAUGACGACGAUGAUGGCUCAAACGAAGGGGGCGUCGAAGCUCGGGAAGAGGGCUCAAGUUACCGGCGGUGGACCGGGACCGGGACCGGGAUCGGCUCCGAGGUCUUUCGAUCUACGAGGCGGUGGGAUGGCGUGCGGUGCUUUGAGUGGUGCGAUGAUGGAUCGAUUAGGGCCCCCUUCUGCUGCCGAGACCGAUUCGGACCGACUCGACAAGAUCGCUCGAGCGCAAGCCUUCGACGGGUCUUUUGAGAAGCUCGUUCUUCAAGUCCUUGGAUUUGCCAAGUUGGAUGAGGAGUGGAAGUCUCGAGUUGGAGUAGAGGAUGAAGAUGUUUUGAUCGCUUUGCUUGUGUUGGCGUAUUGGAAGAAGCACAUGGGCGAGUUGGAGGAGGAAUGGGGGGCGUUGGCGCUCAAGACGAGGGAGUUCGUUCAGCGCCGAUCUGGGGCUCUUUCACGACACUUCCAAUGGCAUGCACACAGGUACCGCGUUCGUAA